UUUUCUUUAAUCCUGAAUUGAUGGCUUAAAUACGGAGACAGAUAGUGAACAGAGAAAGCCCAGUGAGAUUAAUGUGAAAGGAUUGCAAAUAUAUUUCUUAUUUUUAAAAGAAUCAACACUAGUCUUUUAAAAUCACUACAUGUCGACGGAUUCUCGUUUUGUUUACUACGGUUUCAUUCAAACGGUUACUAAUUGAUCUAACGUUACUAUGGAAAUAAUUAUGGAAUGAAGCUGAAACCCCAUUGAAAAUGUAAAGAAGUUCGCGUGUAUUUAUUUUUAAUAUUUAAACACGUAAACUUGGAGAUAUUUCUAUUGGGAUAUAUAUAAACGUGGAAUAAACAGUGAAAAAGUGAACUCCUGUCUGAGGAUAAUGCAUUUCUCUGCGAUCAGCUGAAGGCUACAAUCCCCGACAUGUAUGAGGACAAUCGCAAAAACAAUGGCCGGAACGGGUACACCAACACAGACGAAGGAGAGGAGGGUGGAGGAGAGGGAGAAGAGGGAGAAGAGGGAGAAGAGGAGGAGGAGGAGGGAGGAGAGGGGGAUGAGGAAGGGGAGAAGAAAGGAGACGCGGAGUGGACGGAGGACGGUAUGGCUGACAACGGAGGAGUGAAGAUGACGAGGACGGACACACUCCACUCUACAACCAGUUCCACGGGGACCCAGAGGAAGAAGAGCCACCAUAAUAAGAAAGUGGUACAGGGUUCUGACAAGGUCCAGAGAGCCCCCAGAGCCCUCUACUGCCUCAAACUCAACAACCCCAUACGCAGGGCCGCGCUCUCCAUCGUAGAGUGGAAACCCUUUGACAUCUUCAUCCUGAUCGCCAUCUUCGCUAACUGUAUAGCGCUGGGGGUGUCCAAGCCUUUCCCCGAGGAAGACUCCAACUCUACCAACCACGAUCUGGAACAAGUGGAAUAUGUGUUUCUGAUUAUCUUCACCAUUGAGACCUUUCUGAAGAUUUUGGCGUAUGGCUUAGUGAUGCACCCCAGCUCCUACAUCCGCAACGGAUGGAACUUGUUGGACUUUGUCAUUGUUAUCGUCGGGCUGUUCAGUGUCGUCCUGGAGACGAUGACCCAUAAGGCCACUGGGGAGGCCGCGUCGACCCACCACGUGCCAGGGAAACCCGGAGGUCUGGAUGUCAAAGCUCUCCGUGCCUUCAGAGUACUGAGGCCCCUACGGCUGGUCUCAGGAGUACCUAGUCUUCAGAUCGUAUUGAACUCCAUCAUGAAGGCCAUGCUGCCUCUGCUCCACAUCGCCUUGCUGGUCCUGUUUGUCAUCAUCAUCUACGCCAUCAUCGGCCUGGAGCUGUUCAUCGGACGGAUGCAUAAAUCCUGCUACUACAUCGGCACAGAUAACUAUGCAGAGGAUGACCCUGUGCCCUGUGCAUUUGCGGGUCAUGGCCGUCAGUGUGUAGUGAACGGGUCUGAGUGUCGAGGAAAGUGGGCUGGACCCAACGGAGGAAUCACCAACUUUGACAAUUUCUUCUUCGCUAUGCUGACGGUGUUCCAGUGUAUCACUAUGGAGGGGUGGACCGACGUACUCUACUGGAUGAAUGAUGCCAUCGGGUUUGAGAUGCCCUGGGUUUACUUUGUCAGUCUGGUGGUCUUUGGCUCCUUCUUCGUCCUCAACCUGGUUUUGGGUGUGUUGAGUGGAGAGUUCUCCAAGGAGAGAGAAAAGGCCCAGGCGCGAGGGGACUUCCAGAAGCUGAGAGAGAAGCAGCAGAUGGAGGAGGAUCUGUCUGGAUACAUGGACUGGAUCACACAGGCUGAGGACAUGGAUGAGUUUGACGAGGAUGGAAACAGACUUUCGACUCUGGGGGAUCUGUCAGACAAGAAGAAAGGGAAGUUUGGCUGGUUCAGUCACUCCAACGACACACACGCAAGUCUUCCAGCCAGUGAGACAGCCUCUACCAACACGGAGAAUAUUGAUGAGGAACACACUGAUUGCUGUGCUGCCUGCUGCGCUCGAAUUAUGAAUAACAGCUGCUGUCGAACGUUGCGGCGGUGGAACCGGGUGUGUCGGAGGAACUGCCGCGUGGCGGUCAAGUCGGUGACGUUCUAUUGGCUAGUUCUGUUUCUGGUGUUCCUCAACACCAUCUGCAGCGCCUCAGAACACUACGACCAGCCAGAUUGGCUCACAGAGGUCCAGGACAUAGCCAACAAAGUUCUGCUGUCUCUGUUUACGGUGGAGAUGUUGUUGAAGAUGUAUGCUCUGGGGACGUCUCAGACCGGCUACUUCAAGGCCUUUUUUAACCGCUUCGACUUCUUCGUGGUGUGUGGAGGCAUCACGGAGACCACUCUGGUGGAGCUGGAGAUCAUGCCGCCUCUCGGCAUCUCCGUGCUUCGCUGUGUCCGACUCCUCAGGAUAUUUAAAGUGACACGUCACUGGACAGCUCUGUCCAACCUGGUGGCUUCUCUGCUCAACUCUAUGAAGUCUAUCAUGUCCCUUCUGCUCCUGCUCUUCCUCUUCCUGAUCAUCUUCGCUCUGCUGGGCAUGCAGCUGUUCGGAGGGAAGUUCAAUUUCGACGAGACCCAGACCAAGAGGAGCACCUUCGACACCUUCUCCCAAGCCUUGCUUACCUGCUUCCAGAUUCUAACAGGUGAGGACUGGAACUUAGUGAUGUAUGAUGGCAUUAUGGCGUACGGAGGGCCUGUCUUCCCGGGCAUGAUCAUCUGUAUCUACUUUGUCAUCCUCUUCAUCUGUGGUAACUAUAUCCUGCUGAACGUCUUCUUGGCUAUCGCUGUGGACAACUUAGCAGGAGGAGACGGUGACACAAAGAAAGAAGAGAAGAAAGAAGAGGGGGAAGCAAAGGAAGGGGAGGGAGAGAGUGGAGAACUGAAGAUUGACGUCGAUGAUGAGACUGAAUAUGAGGAAGAGGAGGAGCCUGAACAGACAGAAGAGGCGGCAGUAGGCAUCCAGCUGAACGUAGCAGACAUCCUCCCUCCCAAGGAGAAGGUUACACCAAUCCCAGAGGGCAGCGCAUUCUUCUGUCUCAGCAAGACCAACCCGAUCCGUCGGGGUUGCCACUUCCUGAUCCACCACCACAUCUUCUGCAAUCUCAUCCUGGUCUUCAUCAUCCUCAGCAGCUGCUCUCUGGCCGCAGAAGAUCCCAUCAGAGCACACUCCUUUAGGAACAAUGUUCUGGGCUAUGCAGAUUAUGCCUUCACCUCUAUAUUCACAGUGGAAAUUAUACUGAAGAUGACGGUUCAUGGAGCGUUCCUCCACCAAGGUUCAUUCUGUAGGAACUGGUUCAAUCUGUUGGAUCUCCUGGUGGUCUCUGUGUCUCUGAUCUCCUUCUUCCUACAUUCAAGUGCCAUCUCUGUGGUCAAGAUUCUCAGGGUACUCAGAGUACUCAGGCCUCUACGAGCGAUCAACAGAGCCAAAGGACUGAAGCAUGUGGUCCAGUGUGUGUUUGUAGCGAUCAAGACCAUCGGUAACAUCAUGAUCGUCACUACUCUACUACAGUUCAUGUUCGCCUGCAUCGGAGUCCAGCUCUUCAAGGGUAAAUUCUACCGCUGUACAGACGAGGCCAAACACACGCCAGAGCAGUGCAAGGGAACCUUUGUGGUAUAUAAGGAUGGGGAUGUGAGCCACCCCAUGGUGAGAGAGAGGAUCUGGCACAACAGUGACUUUAACUUCGACAACGUCCUGAUGGGCAUGAUGGCUCUGUUCACAGUGUCCACCUUUGAGGGCUGGCCAGCACUCCUGUAUAAGGCGAUUGAUGCUAAUGGAGAGAACCAUGGCCCUGUCUAUAACUACCGUGUUGAGAUCUCCAUCUUCUUCAUUGUCUACAUCAUCAUCAUCGCCUUCUUCAUGAUGAACAUCUUUGUGGGCUUCGUCAUCAUCACCUUCAGAGAGCAGGGAGAGUCUGAAUAUAAGAACUGUGAGCUGGACAAGAACCAGAGACAGUGUGUAGAGUUUGCUCUGAAGGCCCAGCCAUUGAAGCUGUACAUCCCAAAGAAUCCAGUGCAGUAUAAGUUCUGGUCGUUCAUCCAGUCUACAGCGUUUGAAUACGUCAUGUUCGUUCUAAUUCUCCUCAACACUGUCACUUUGGCGGUUCAGCACUAUGAGCAGUCCAAGGUGUUCAGUCAUGUGAUGGACAUCCUCAACAUGGUCUUCACUGGUCUCUUCACUGUGGAGAUGCUGCUCAAACUGCUGGCUCUACGACUCAGGCAUUAUUUCAUAGAUGCCUGGAACUCUUUUGAUGCUCUGAUCGUGGUGGGCAGUGUCGUGGAUAUUGUGGUGACAGAAUUCAGCAGCUCUGAUGACAGUUCCAGAGUGUCCAUCACGUUCUUCCGUCUGUUCCGAGUGAUGCGAUUGGUCAAACUGCUGAGCAAGGGGGAGGGAAUUCGGACGCUGCUCUGGACCUUUGUCAAGUCCCUCCAGGCCCUGCCUUACGUUGCCCUUCUCAUCGCCAUGAUCUUCUUCAUCUAUGCGGUCAUCGGCAUGCAGACGUUUGGGAAGAUAGCCAUGCAGGACUACACUCAGAUCAACAGGAACAACAAUUUUCAGACGUUUCCUCAGGCUGUACUGGCUCUAUUCAGGUGUGCUACAGGGGAGGCGUGGCAGGAGAUCAUGCUAGCCAGUCUGCCAGGUAAACGGUGUGACCCAGAGUCAGACUACCUGCCUGGCGAAGAGUUCACCUGUGGAAGCAACUUCGCUAUCGUCUACUUCAUCAGCUUCUUCAUGCUGUGUGCUUUCCUGAUUAUCAACCUGUUUGUUGCUGUCAUCAUGGACAACUUUGACUAUCUAACCCGUGAUUGGUCCAUUCUGGGGCCUCAUCACCUGGAUGAGUUCAAGAGGAUCUGGUCUGAGUACGACCCUGAGGCCAAGGGUCGUAUCAAACAUCUUGACGUCGUAGCUCUGUUGCGAAGGAUCCAGCCUCCUCUGGGCUUCGGAAAGCUCUGUCCUCACCGCGUGGCGUGCAAGCGUCUGGUGGCCAUGAACAUGCCUCUGAACAGCGACGGCACCGUGACGUUCAACGCCACUCUGUUCGCCCUGGUCAGAACGGCCCUGAAGAUCAAAACGGAGGGUAACCCGGACCAGGAGAACGAGGAAUUGAGAACCAUAAUAAAGAAGAUCUGGAAAAGGAUGAAGCCCAAGGUUCUGGACGAGGUCAUCCCCCCACACGAGGAAGAGGAUGUGACGGUUGGUAAGUUCUACGCGACCUUCCUGAUUCAGGACUACUUCAGGAAGUUCAGGAAGAGAAAAGAGCAAGGAGAUCUGGAAGAGGGUGACCCAAACAACACCUCUGCUGCCCUACAGCUGUGUCAGGCGGGUCUGCGUACGCUGCAGGACCUGGGGCCGGAGAUGAGGAUGGCCAUGUCAGCUGACCUGGAGGAGGAAGAGGGCAUGGAGGAAGAGCCAGAGGAAGAUGAUUCUCCCUAUAAGACUGAUAAUGGCUAUGCCCCUGAGGGUAAGGACAGGCGUGGCUCCAUGGUCACCACCCUUACUGGAGGAGGAGGUAUGCCCAGGGAGAGUCUCUCCAACGGGGGUCUGGCCCACCGAGGUUCCACCUCCUUCUCCAAGACCCCCAACGGAGGAGGCCUGGAGCAGGAUGAGCUGAGACGAGGAGACAACAUGAGGUCUUCGCUCAACCAUCACCAUCGUCAUUCUUCCAUUAAGAACGGACUGGUGGACCAACCGGCCAUGAGCAGAAGGAAUUCUAACAAGUAUUCAAGUAGAAGAGACAGCAGAGGAGAUAGGUAUUCUCCUGUCCGAGGUCGUAACGGAGGGAUGGAUGGAGGAGAGGAGAGUUACGGAGGAGAGGAGGGUUACUACGAUGAGGAUAACGAGAGCCUUGAUCCUCGUGACAGACUUCGUUACCCUGACGACCCUCCUCUGUACCCUGGUCAGCAUGACCACACGUACGACGCCCACGCCCCCAGCAACGCAGCCUACGGUAAUAACUAUGGCAACGGGAACGGGAAUGGCUAUGGAGAUGGACGUAGGACUGCGAGGAGACGCCUCCUCCCCGCCACACCUACCGGUAACAUCACAACACCAGGGCUGCUUUACAUGGGGCAUGACGGUGGGGAACAAUCAGGUCGUAAGCCAUCCUUUAAUAUCCAAUGUCUGAGGAGGCAGGACAGCAAUGAUGACCUCCCCAUCCCAGGAACCUACCACCAGAACUCUCCCCCCUGCCGGGCACGCACACAGGUCACUACACAGACGUACGGCAGUUACGAGUCUCGUCGCAGCAGCAGCCGUUCCUCAACAGGUUCCUCUGCCUCCUGGGCCAACCCUUGCCCUCGCCGAGGUCGCCUCCUCUACGCCCCUCUCAUCCUGGUCGAAGAGGAAGGGGCGGGUGGCAGCGGCGGCGGAGGCUCCGGGAUCUGGGGGGACAAGACGGGUGGAGGGGCCAACGUGACGGCGGCCACCUCCCGACCUGGCCCUGCGGGGUGGUACACGGGGCCCCCUUGUCCCUCAGGAGGGUCCCAGGCACCAUACAGGGCCUAUACCACACUAAGGGUCCCCACACAGCUCAGCCCUCACUACAGCGACAAGAGAGGCAGCGCUGAUAGCCUGGUGGAAGCGGUGCUGAUCUCAGAGGGGCUGGGUCUGUAUGCCAAGGACCCCAAGUUUGUGGCCUUCGCCAAACGGGAGAUUGCUGACGCGUGUCACAUGACAAUUGACGAGAUGGAAAGUGCGGCCAGCGACCUGCUGAGUCGGGGAAGCAGGGGCGGAGGAGGUGGCGGUUUCCUGAACAAUCCCGACCUUGGAACCCUGUACAGCGACGAGGAGCCAAUCAGAACGGGCCGCGACGAGGAAGACCUGGCGGACGAGAUGACCUGCGUCACUUCUUUCUGAUCUGGAUGACGGUCGAUCAAUUAAUCAAUCGAUCGAUCGUGAUUGAUUGAGUUUAUUGUGAUCAGGAGCAGACCAGACUUACUGGGCACGAGAGAGACAGAGGACAACUGAGGGACAGACAAAUGGAGGACAGAUAUGGAGCUGGACAGACAGACAAAAGGUUGUCUAGUCCAGUGUCCUUAGUCCCUCCAUCUUGACUAUAGACAGAUAUAUAUUAUAGGCCUCUAGGCUUUACAGAUAAUGGGCCAAAGGGACUAGAUGGAGAGACAGAGGAUGGACCAAAUGGACUAGAUGGAGAGACAGAGGAUGGACCAAAUGGACUAGAUUGAGAGACAGAGGAUGGACCAAAGGGACUAGAUGGAGAGACAGAGGAUGGACCAAAUGGACUAGAUGGAGAGACAGAGGAUGGACCAAAGGGACUAGAUGGAGAGACAGAGGAUGGACCAAAUGGACUAGAUGGAGAGACAGAGGAUGGACCAAAGGGACUAGAUGGAGAGACAGAGGAUGGACCAAAUGGACUAGAUGGAGAGACAGAGGAUGGACCAAAUGGACUAGAUGGAGAGACAGAGGAUGGACCAAAUGGACUAGAUGGAGAGACAGAGGAUGGACCAAAUGGACUAGAUGGAGAGACAGAGGAUGGACCAAAUGGACUAGAUGAAGAGACAGAGGAUGGACCAAAUGGACUAGAUGGAGAGACAGAGGAUGGACCAAAUGGACUAGAUGGAGAGACAGAGGAUGGACCAAAUGGACUAGAUGGAGAGACAGAGGAUGGACCAAAGGGACUAGAUGGAGAGACAGAGGAUGGACCAAAUGGACUAGAUGGAGAGACAGAGGAUGGACCAAAUGGACUAGAUGGAGAGACAGAGGAUGGACCAAAUGGACUAGAUGAAGAGACAGAGGAUGGACCAAAUGGACUAGAUGGAGAGACAGAGGAUGGACCAAAUGGACUAGAUGGAGAGACAGAGGAUGGACCAAAUGGACUAGAUGGAGAGACAGAGGAUGGACCAAAGGGACUAGAUGGAGAGACAGAGGAUGGACCAAAUGGACUAGAUGGAGAGACAGAGAAAAAAGUGAAAGAAGAGAAAGAUGAAAAAAAAGAGACAGAAAGACGUGAGAGAUGACCUCCCCAAAGGCACGCUAUAUAGUGCACUGCUUUUGACCAGGGUCCAUAGGGACUAUGGACUAUGUAGGGAAUAGGGGGCCAUUUGUGAAGCAAACAAAUAUGUGGGUGAGGUGAGGAACCGAUUCAGGAAGGUGGAUGAUCUUAAAGAUGAGUUGUAUGUGUGUGUGAAGAAGAUCACAUUAAUGGAAGAAUAGAAAAUGAGAGAUGGAGAGAAAGAGAUGGGGUGGAGAGAAAGAGAGAGUAGGAGAGAGAGAGUAGAGAGAGAUGGGGGAGAGAGAGAGAGUAGGAGAGAGUAGAGAGAGAUGGGGGAGAGAGAGAAGAGAGAGAUGGGGUGGAGAGAGAGAGUAGAGAGAGAGAGAGUAGAGAGAUAUGGGGUGGAGAGAGAGAAAGAGAGUAGGAAAUAGAGAGAGAGAGAGAGAGAGAGUAGAGAGAGAUGGGGGAGAGAGAGAUGGUGGAGAGUGUGACUCACAGUGUGUCUGCUGGGUGAGUCAGUGAGUAGCACUCUCAGAUCGUGAACACAUUUGCAUCAAAUUGUGUUGGUCUCUAAUAACGGACUCCUUUAAGAUAGUUGUACUGCGCAUCAUGUUGUACAUGCACAUUAUCUUGUACAUGCACAUUAUCUUGUACAUGCACAUUAUCUUGUACAUGUACAUUAUCUUGUACAUGCACAUUAUCUUGUACAUGCACAUUAUCUUGUUGGAUAUACUGUACAAUGUUUUUCAUUUUUCAGUUUUAGAUUAUUUUGAUUUUAUGAAAGAACUGAAAUUGUGAAAUACUUUUAAAAAAACCAAGUUGUAAGUGUUGUCUUGUCGUCGUGAUGCGUCUACUACCAGGGUCGGUUGGAGUCAAUUCAGUUUUCAAUUCAGUCCAUUUAAAUUCAAUUCAUGAAUUGAAAAUUGUCUGCAUUGUUUACUAUGAGAAUUUUUAAAUUCCUGAAUUAGAAUUAACUAGCCCGAAUUUGGAUGAAUUAAAACCUGAAUUGGCUGAAUUAAAACCUGAAUUGGCUGAAUUAAAACCUGAAUUGGCUGAAUUAAAACCUGAAUUGGCUGAAUUAAAACCUGAAUUGGCAGAAUUAAAACCUGAAUUGGCUGAAUUAAAACCUGAAUUGAACCACCACCUCUGUUCUUCUUCUCUUUGUGUUAGAUAUCACGUCUAUGUUGCUUUCCGUUUGAAAACAGAUCACAUCACGUCUGUCGUUUUAUUUUUGUUUUUGAGUUUCCCAUGAUGUCGCUGUGCUGUGCCCCAAAUUACACCCCGUUCCCUAAAUAAUGCACUACUUCUGACCAGGGCUCUGGUCCAAUGUAGUAUCAAUGAGGGAAAUAGUGUCCCAUUUAGGACACCGUCUCUGUCUAAAUGCACUGUGAUUGCUGUUUUUAAUAAUUAUAGUCAUUUCAUUUCAAGCUAAUUUUUUUUCUUCUUCUUUUUAAAAGUUAUUUUUUAUUUAUAUCCUGGACAUGCUGGGUUCAUAAGCAGCAUGAAAUUGCUGAAAAUACAAAGUGCUCAUUUUAUUCUGGCAUUAAACUUAAUUGCAUGUUUUAUCAGCUCUAAAACAAACGUUCAGUUGAAAUGUUAUUGUCAAAGCAUCAUUGUUUAUAUUCAGAUUUCUAUAAUUCUAUAUGAAUCUAAUACAAUUAAUUCUUAUGUCAUAUCGAUAAACACAACAUGGUGAAUAAAAUGGUAAUCCGU